AUGGGAACCAUCGAUCAACCCCCAUAUUACGCCAUACAGGUGACUCCGGGAGACGCGGGCACCAAGGGCGGCCUGCUGACGGACGAACAUGGGCGCGUGGUAGAUACACGCGGCAAUGCUAUUGACGGUCUAUACGCGGCCGGCAACUCAUCGACGUCGGUCAUGGGUGCUACGUCGCUGGGAGCCGGGGUCACUCUCGGCCCAGCUAUGACAUUCGCACAUCUUGCGUUUCCCAAGUCGGAAGAUUUACUCUUGAGUGCCACGUUAUCAUGCUUGUGCCCGGAGUGA